GGAAAACCAAGAGAGAGGGCAUAACAGGAAUUUAAGACGAUAGAUCCGCCGGGGUUGCCUUUCAAAAUACAAAGAGUUGAUGUCCUGUCCACUUUAUAAACACAAAGACUUCUCUUCGUCUUCCAUUGACAUCUCUUCACGUUCUUCUUCUACUCAUGCAUUUGUGAGAAAUAUCAAAGAUAAAAUCCAAAAAGUAAAAAGAGAGAAGAAAACAGAUUCAGCAGUUUAAACGUUCAAAAUAAAAGGUUAUAGAAAAUUUCUUGAUGGACCAAGAAACAAAAGUUAGUUCUGAGGUUCCUGUAGUGAAAGGAGCACCCGAGGAUCUAAAGACGGUCGAUGUUUCUGUUAAGGAGGUGAACAGAGAAAUCACAAAGGAAGAUAAAGCUAUGCAGCAAGAAGAAGAGGAUACUACAUUUGAUGGUGGAUUCGUUAAAGUUGAGAAAGAAGGAACUAACACUAAGGGUGAUGAGAAAGAAGAGAAGCAAGUUCCACUCACUAUAAGCUCAAGCAGUUCACAAAGAGAACUAGAGAAGAAGGAGAAAGCUUCUGAGUCUCGGUUGGAACCAGAGCCAUUGCCUCUGAAAGUCUCUGAACAGGAAAGCAUUAAUCUGAAGCUAAGGGAAGAACUCAAAGAGAAGGAGAUGCUCGUUGCCUUAUCUAAAGACCAAGAAGGAAAAAUCAAAACUGCUAACGAGAAGUUGACCAAAGUGUUGCAAGAGAAAGAGAUUCUUGAAACAUCUGUAGCAGAGAUCACUCUUAUUGCAACUAAAAGAAAAGAGACCUGCGAUGAACUUGAAGAGAAACUGAAGGUUUCGGAUGAAAAAUUCUCCAAAACAAAUGCUCUUCUAUCUCAAGCUUUGUCCAACAACUCUGACCUUGAACAGAAGCUGAAAGCUAUGGAAGCAUUAUCUUCUGAAGUUUCUCAACUAAAAUCUGCUUUGAUAGUGGCUGAAGAGGAGGGAAAAGAUUCAGCGAGAAAGAUGCAGGAGUACCAAGAAAAGGUAACUAAACUUGAAUCAUCUCUGAACCAAUCGUCAGCGAGGAUCUCAGAGCUUGAAGAAGAUCUGAGGACAGCUUUGCAGAAAGGGGCAGAUCAUGAAGAUCUUGGAAAGGUGAGUACUCAGCGCUGCCUUGAGCUUCAAGGUUUGCUUCAAACAUCAAAGUCAAAGCUAGAAGAAAAACUAAAAGACCUGGAAGCAGCCCAAGUGAAAAACUUUAGCCUUGAAGCUGCUCUCAGUGUAGCAAUGGGAGAGAAGAAAGCGUUGGAGGAAACAGUGAAUGGAUAUAAAGUGAAAACAACCGAGUCUGAAGAGAUACUUGAGAAGCAAGCAAGAGAAAUAGAUGAAGCUAAAACAAGAAGCAGAGAGAUUGAAGCUUUGAAUAAACACUCAGAACUUAGUAUCCAAAAGGCAAUGGAGGAGCUCAGAAGCAGAGAUACAGAAGUGAAAGAUCUCAAGGAGAGAGUAAGAUUGUAUGAAGAGAAGUUGGCUGAAGCAUCUGCUCACUCGUUUUCUUUGAAACAAGAUCUUGAUCAGUCUUCCUUGGAGAACGAGCUACUAGCAGAUACAAACAACCAGCUCAAGAUCAAGAUUCAAGAAAUAAAUGAAGAGAAGGAAACAGCAACAAGACGGAGUGAAGAAGCAGCCAAAAGGUUUGAACAGAGAGACAUAGAAGCUAAAGACAUGGUUGCAAAGUUGAAAGCCCAAGAAGACCUGUUCAAGGAACAUAAAAGGGAGAUUCAGAAAGCAUCUGAAGUUGCUAAUACUAGAAAAAUGAAGCUUGAAGAGUCUCUGUUGAAGCUCAAGACUUCUGAAGAUACAAUCAAAGAGCUUGAGAAAGAAAAUGGAUCUUUGGCUGAGGUGAACUUAAAGCUGAACCAGGAGCUAGCCAAUCAUGGGUCAGAGACCAGUGAUUUUCAGACAAUGUUCACUGCUUUAGAAGCUGAGAAAGACCAAACAGCAAAAGAGCUUCAUGCUUCAAAGGCAGCCAUUAAAGAAUUAAGAAACAAGCUUGCUUCUGAAAGAGAAAGAUUAAGAUCAAAGAUGGCUUCCCUUGCAGAAGAGAAUAACCAAGUCAAUGAGAUAUAUCAAAGCACAAAGAGUGAGCUUGUCAAGCUUCAAGAACAACUCGAAGUAGAGAAGUCUAAAGUUGAUACUAUGGUAUCUGAAAUCAAGAAGCUCAGUGCUUUGGCUGCUGAGAAGUCAGUGUUGGAGACUAACUUUGGAGAAGUAGAAAAACGAUUGAAAAAUUCUGAAGCUAAGUUGAAAGAAGAGGUCGAAAAGGUUGCAGAACUGACCUCAAAAUUGCAUGAACAUGAAGUUAAGACGAGUGACAGAGACUUGGAGGACAAGAAAGCAACUCAGCUUUAUAAAGAGCUUCAAGCAUCUCACACAGUCAUCUCUAAGGAGAAAGAAGCAGUUUCUCAGAAGCAUUCGGAGUUGGAAGCUACUCUAAAGAAAUCACAAGAAGAGCUUGAAGCUAAGACAAGUAAGAUCGUUCACCUAGAAUCAUUGGCCAAAGAUCUUGAACAGAAAGUGCAGCUUGCUGAUGCUAAGUCUAAGGAAACUGAGACUAUGGGAAAAGGAGAAGUACAAGUUAAAUCUCGAGGCAUUAAUUUAUCAGGAAACGUUACAACAACUAAGAAAGCUGAAACGUCUCAUCUCAUGACAUUGAAGAUCGUUCUUGGAGUGGCUAUCUUGUCUGUCAUUAUAGGUAUCGUUCUUGGGAAAAACUAUUGAAGUUCUUCAACGGUGUGAUUGUCUUUUACCGUCCUUUUCUAUUUGUUUGGCCAAGCAAGACCAAAUGUUGUGUUAUAACACAAGAAUCUGAUCGACUGUUUAGAUGGUUCAUCGACAUUCUUAGAUAAACCAUCUAAGUUGUGUGCUAACAGCAAUGAAAAUAAAUUUACUUUGAAUA